CCAUGGCUUCGACUGAUAGAAAACAUGCAAAUGUAGAAGACGAGCCAGUUUUCCCCAUUCGCAGAGAGAGGGGUUUGGCACCCACUUAUCUCUGCCUAUUUCAAGAAUUCUGGUGCCCAGAUCUUUUUAUAGAAGGUGUAAAAAGUUUUCAAAAGUGCUUUGAAGCAAAAGAUAGUGAUGUUGUUGUUGCAAGCUUUCCAAAAACAGGGUAUUGGAAGGAGAGCUUGGCCAGACCAAACAAGGUUCUGUUCUUAAAGUACGAGGAUCUUAAGGAGAAUGUCAAUUUUCACGUGAAAAGCAUCGCAGAGUUUUUGGGAUGUCCUUUCAGUGCUGAAGAAGAAAGUGAUGGAGACAUUGAAAGUAUAAUGAAGCUAUGUAGCUUUGAGAAAAUGAAAGAUUUGGAGGUAAACGUUUCAGGAAAGUUAGACAAAUUCAUUGACAAUAAGUUAUUCUUUCGGAAGGGUGAAAUAGGUGAUUGGGUAAAUUACUUUUCUCCAUCUAUGAUAACAAAAUUAUCCAAAGUUAUUGAAGAAAAGUUGAGUGGAUCAGGUCUUUCGUUUAAAAUGUAUGCUUAAAACUUCAAGAGCCAAACACAUGUAGCUGUGUCUUUGGCUCAAAUGUUGUCGUCACUUUUUC